AAAGAGGGGCGCUAACCCAUAGCGUUACAAUUGAUGUAGGCAAACACAUCUCUAGCCUUUCCUCCGACACGGCACGAAUGACAGAACACUGUGUUAGAAGAACCGGACUAAUUAACGUAGCUACAUUUCAAGGAUGGCAUUUUUCUACAUCACUAUAAAGCCAUCUUUCCCACCUUUACAACCGUGUACAGAGAGGUAAACGGAAGCACCUGAAGAGCCUUACGAAACAUUCGGCACUGUGGACACAUGGAGACAAGCUUGCCAAAGCCCUGACCACUACAAAUUCACCUCGAGCCUCAGCUGAUUCACAUUUCCUUCUUUUUUCCUACGCUGUGGUUGUAAACAUAUCACUCUGUCUCCCCAGUUCAAAGACUUCCCACAUUUAUCCUCCCUCUGUACCACAGGACCCUCACAGUGCCCCUCAGAGGGGCAAUGCCAGUCUUGCUUAAUGCCGACGCCUCCUUUAGCUCCAAGCAGGAGCUCCUGGACCUACAGGAGUGCCCUCUCAGUGGGGGUCCCUCUCUGGACACCCCCAGUCCCGUGGACUCCCAGACAGACAGCCCCAUAGGCUCAGGCCCCAGAAGCCCCAGCAGUCCUGGAGCUGAUGGCCCCAUUCGGCCUCCCAUUUUCACUGGGGCUUCCACACUCCCCAGGCAGCUAUAUGGUGUGGAAGCAAGACCUCAUGCAGAGCCUCCCAUGGGGUUAAAGCUGAUCUCCACUGACUUGGAUCAGCUAUGUGGCUGGGGGGCUCUGACACCCAAAGCUAUUCAAGUUUUCAACACCCCUCGUUGGGUGCUGUUCUUCCUUUGUGUGGCCUCUUUCCUCCAGGGGAUGAUAAUCAAUGGCUUCAUUAACACGGUGGUCACCUCCAUUGAGAGGCGUUUCGACCUGCGCAGCUACCAGGCCGGACUCAUCGCCAGUUCCUACGACAUCGCCGCCUGCGUCUGCCUAGCCUUCGUCAGUUACUUUGGCGGGACGGGGCACAAGCCUCGCUGGCUGGGAUGGGGGGUCCUGAUCAUGGCACUGGGUUCCCUGGUGUUUGCCUUGCCUCACUUCACCACACCCCCCUACCAGGUCAGCCUGCCCGAGCGAACAGGAAUGUGCUCUACCAACCGUACCAGCCCGUGCCAGGACAAGGAGGGCGGGGGAUUGUCCAGCUAUCGUUUUGUUUUCAUGCUGGGCCAGUUUCUGCAUGGUGUUGGAGCUACGCCUCUCUACACACUAGGGGUCACAUACCUGGAUGAGAACGUCAAGUCCAACUAUGCGCCAGUUUACAUAGGAAUCUUCUACACUGCAGCCAUUGUGGGUCCGGCAGCAGGCUACCUGCUGGGAGGAUACUUCCUCAACAUCUACACCGAGAUCCACCUAACGACAGAGAUGACUCCAGAGAACCCUCUGUGGGUCGGGGCUUGGUGGAUCGGCUUCCUUGCAGGAGGAGCAGCAGCUCUACUGGUAGCAUUCCCCAUCCUGGGCUACCCACGACAGCUACCGGGCUCUCAGGAGUAUGUGGCCAUGCGGGUGUCUGAGGCCCACCAGCUGAAGGACGGGAGCCACACCACAGCCUCAGACCCUCAGUUUGGCAAAUCAGUCAAAGACAUGCCAAGGUCUGUGCUGCUCCUCUUGAAGAAUCCCACUUUCCUGUUCCUGUGUUUGGCUGGAGCGACUGAGGCCACCCUCAUCGCUGGCAUGUCCACCUUUGGUCCAAAGUUCCUGGAGUCACAAUUCAGUCUCAGUGCAUCAGAGGCUGCUACAUGGUUCGGAUACAUGGUGGUGCCUGCAGGAGGUGGUGGCACCUUCCUGGGCGGCUACAUUGUGAAGAGACUGAACCUGCGCUGUCGGGGUAUCAUCCGCUUCUGCAUGAUGUGUGCGAUGGUCAGCCUGGUCGCCAUCUUCAUCUUUCUCAUCCACUGCCCCAACGUUCCAAUGGCUGGGGUCACAGCACCGUACAAGUCCAGUCUGAUGGAGAAACGCCAACUGGACCAGUACAAACACCUGUACGACAAGCCCAGCGAGCUGCACCUUUGGAACAGCUCGUCUUUAGAGGAGAACCUGACAGUGGGCUGUAACGCAGGCUGUAGCUGUGUCAGAGAGCUGUAUAACCCGGUGUGCGGGGCAGACGGUGUCAUGUAUUACUCCCCCUGCCAUGCUGGCUGCAGCUCCAUCAACCACACCGAACGCUCCACCGGCAAACAGGUGUACUCUGGAUGUAGCUGUGUGGUGGGGAAUGUGUCGUCAGGUGAAGAGGGCUUUGCUCUCGCAGGGAAGUGUGGCAGCUCCUGCCACCACAUGCCGGCCUUCCUCUCCUUCCUCUUCAUCAUCAUCUCCUUCACCUUCCUCUGUAGCAUCCCAGCACUCACUGCCACACUCAGGUGUGUGCCGGACAGCCAGAGAUCCUUUGGACUCGGCAUCCAGUGGAUUGUUGUGCGCACACUUGGUGGUAUCCCAGGACCCAUAGCAUUUGGUUCUGUGAUUGACAUUUCCUGCUUACUGUGGCAAGAUCAGUGUGGUGAACAGGGCUCCUGCUACCUCUAUCAGAACUCAGCCAUGAGCCAGUACACGCUAGUAGCUGGUAUCAUUUAUAAGGUUUUGGGGACAAUCUUUUUCCUGUUAGCCAGCAUCCUUUACCAGCCUCCUCCUGAGUCACCUCAAAGCAGCUGUGAGAGCACCGACCAUGGAGCGGGAAACAUGAGCGACCUGCCCGUCAAAGACCUGCCUGAAGACGGUGUCAUCGUCAACCUGCACGCCAGGUUAUGACGUCUGACACAACCUAACCGCUGAGUUUUUAUCUGAUUGUAUGUGUGUGUUUGUGUAGGUGUUGCUUAAUGCACAGUGUGUGAGUGUGUGAGUGUGUGUGUGUGUGUGUGUGUGUGUGUGUGUGUGUGUGUGUGUGUGUGUGUAUGUGUGUGUGUGUGUGUGUGUGUGUGUGUGUGUGUGUGUCUGUGUGUGUGUGUGUGUCUGUGUGUGUGUGUGUGUGUGUGUGUGCGGGUGGUGAUGGGAGUCAGGGUGGGGAGGUGCUUCCUUUACACCAACAGCCUUCUAUCAGCCAUAUUGACACCAGCCCCCAACAUACACACGUAUAGAUGUGAACACUUGCAAUCACUCAAAUCGACAAAAUGACUACGGACAGACACACACACACACACACACACCACACACACACACACACACACAAACACACACAUACACACACACAGCAAACAGCAAACAGCCCCAGAAUGCUUUGGUGCACGCACACACACACACACACACACACACACGCACACACACACACACACACACACAUACAUUACUACUACUUUUUAUAGUACACAAAGACUUCUAACAUGCUGCUUUCUUGGAACAAAACCCUGCUGUGACUGCAUGUGUGUGCAUGUGUGUGCGUAUCUGAGUGUUUGAUUGACAGGGCAGUGCCACACAAUUUUUUAUGUAAACGGCAGCAUUUCUACAGAUAUCUCUAAACUAUGUUAAAUCAGUUCAAAUGACGUUUUUCGAAUGUGAGUCUAAUGACAUUACUGUUUUUGUACUGUCAUUACAUCAUAUGUCAUCGUCCUUUAGAAGCCAGUGAAACGGCUGAGACCGAUGUGGGGUAUAUUAUAUGCCAUACGUAUGAAGCAUUUAUGGAUGUGGAAAAAAAAAGGCAUUUAUAUCCAUCUUCUCUUUCUGUUCGUUCCUCAUUGGUGGAACAUAGUUACGUUGCUUUGUUUGCUUCCCACAGAUAAAGCCAUGGUCUAAUAUAUUGUACCAGAGCUCCAGACCAAUAAUAAUGAAGCCAAAUCGUUUUUCAUAUCAUGUUACAUUUUACACCAAGAGUAUCUAAAGGCACUUAUAUUGAUAUAAUGUGAACAUAGACUAUUGGCCACAGUACAGCAGCACAAAUAUAUUUUCAAUUAGAAAAGCACAUGUGUAUUUUUGAUAGCUACUUGAACACAUGUAUAAUACAUUUAUGACCAGUAAUUGGCUUGUAUUUAAAAGUAGGAAUAAAGAGAGGAAGAAAACUACAAUACAUUUGUUUUCUACAUGAUACAUAUAAAUAUAUAUAUAUAUGUAUACAGUAUAUAUAUAUAUAUAUAUAUAUAUAUAUAUAUAUAUUGGUUUGAUGGUUUGAUCGCUCUGUUUGCCAGUUUAGUAAUAAGAGCUUUGAUGCUUCUCUUCUAUAGAAAAUGCAUAGCUGCACUUUAGAAAAAUAACAAAGCACUGAGAAGUUUGGAAAGUGUAUGUUGACACAAUAAAGGCCUGGUAGCAACGUUUAAAAUGGCAAAAUUAUGGAACAAAAGCACUUAUUUCCUGAUGAAUUGCUGCAAUAAUUUUACUCAUGAGGGUAAAUCUGCACACAAGUUUAACUUUGGUGAACUUUGACCUUUGAUGGUCUGGAGAAAGACCAAGAUGGAGGAAGCUGAAUUCUGGCUUGUUAGCUGUGUUGCACCAUCAACUUUUAUAGUGAAACAAAGUGAGGCCAAACUUUCAGGACCUGUUCCACAAGUAAGAAAACCUCAUUCAAAGUCCCAUUGACAUUUGUAAUAACAGUUAACUAAAAAUCCUCCUUAGCCUUUCUCAAGGGUAUCUCACAGAUCUCAUCAUAUUCUGUUUGCACUUGACUUGUCAGUCACAAUUUCUCUUUGAGCUUCUUUCAAAUUUUUUCUCUGUAAUGUUUCAUUUUGUUCCCCCUGGCAUUUUCUUCUCAGGACUGAACAUCAUUCCACCCAAUAAAGAAUUAGUGAAAAGGGAACAAAGCCCUUUGAGUAAGCCAGCUUGCUAGCUGUCAUUUAGCAUGCACGUUAGCUUGGUUACCAACAUGACAACAAAUACAGUUUAUUUAGAAGAUAUUUUUGUACAUUCAGGUCCUGUCUCAGAACUGUCUGCAAACCAUUCCUCGUUUGUCGAGAAGUAUAUACUCCAUCAGAGAAGGUUAAAUAAUAGUGGAGGAUGCAACAGAGCUAAUAAGCUACACGCUCCAUCUUGGACUCUCCAACUAGCUGUGUCAUGAAUCAGGGGCGGUCUAGAUGUCGUAGACCACGAAGGCCUAACCGAAACCGAGACCUUUUUGCUUAGCAUCACCAGCUGUGUUUGCCCUUACUGUUGCGUCACAAAGCGUCCUGUUGCCUAGCAACCUUGACAACAGUUAAACAGUUGUACUGUUAGCUCUUGAACUGAGCUGAAACCCAAUACUUAUAUUUAAAAGUGUAAUCCUCGGGCUGUCUAUCAGCAUCAUUUGCUGCCAUAUUAUUUUCAUUACUGGCAAGCAAUGAAUCUUCGGAUAGGCAAGGCCACAAAGGAUCCACCCGUCGGAACCUUCGUUGCGUCGAAAACAAUGGCCGCAGUUCUCUGUCUUCGAAACGGGACAGCCUAGUCGCACCACUGUGACGAAGUUGGUCUUCAAAUGCAGCUUCUGAAGGAUGCGGCCCCUGGUUUAGACCACUGUUCUGUAAAACUUCACCAAAGUUGAACUUGCUUUGAAACAUUUGGACCUAACCCCUGUGAAUAAAUCAAAGCGGCAUUUCCAUUGGGACGAAGUGACUUUGCCACAUAACUCUGCAGUUUGAAGUGCUGGCGGGAUGGUGCCUUUGAGAGGGAUAUUGUGGGAGCAGCUUGUAUGCUGCUCAAAUGUAAUGCACAAUUGGCAUGAAAUGCAGUAUAACAAACAUUUGGACCUAGUUAUCACAGCACUGCAAGUCCAGAGAUGUGCCAAAGCAGCUUUGCCUAACAACUCUUGUAUUUUUAUUUUUUAAUCAUUGACUGUAUUUAUGCAAAUAAUUUAUUUAUACUACUUUAGCACUUGUAUUUGUUUUAUACAUUCACUGUGUGAUGAUAAAAGGAAUCUGCCCUGGCUCUACUCCCUCCGUCCUUUGUCCACAGAGACGCCUCCUCUUGUCUUUCUUGUUUAUGUGAUAGUGAAACACCUGCUGUAUGUUGCCUGUGUUGUUGUCAUGUAAGAACUGACCUCAACACCCUCCGGCGGAUGUUGAGUUUGAGCUCCAUGUGAAUGUGUAUUUGCAGUCCUCCUAGUUGUGCUUUUCAGCCAAUCAAUAGCUUGGAAGCUAUGACAAACCCCUCUGUAAAUUGAUUUUUAUUCUUUUUUUAUUUUGUUUUUGGUACUAUAUGUUUUGUUUUUCAAGAAAAAGAAGCAGUGGACUUGAAAUCAAUGAUCUUUUUAUGGAAUGAUUCGAAGAUGUCAAGUGUUUUCUAAUUACAAAAGCUGAACAGCA